UUGUUGCGCAGCGUUCGGACGGAACAGUCGAGAGAGCUCCGUCUUUAAUUUCCAGUACCCAGUGUCUUGGUUUGCUCCAGGUGACUCACGCGGAUUAAAACAACUCGAUCGAGGAGUGCGAAGGUCAUCUGCCCAUCCGGAAAUAAGUCCUACAAAUUGACAGACACGGAAGAAGCCCGGAAAAAAUUUAAAACAAAACGGGACUGUUAAACAGUGCGGAAGUUGACCUUUUAAUGAGGCGACGUGACGUGUGUUGGUCCAGCGGCAGCGAGGCGUCCGUGUAGAAUAACUGACGCGAUGGCGGUGCGGAAGAUGUUAACGAAUGCCGGACAACAAGCCGACUAGUUUGACCCAGUGAGUUUAUGUUGUCGUCCAUUUGUCCAAUGAGAGGGGGCCAAACGACGACGAGUCAAGGAUGGAAUGAACAAUGCCGACUCUGACGAUCCCGUUAUACCUCCGUCGAGUCGACGACGACAGGAAACCACCACCCACGCGACUCGGAGCGUGACUCUUCCGUCGAUUUCUUCUUCUUUGCUGCUGCUGACCGUCUUGUCUUGACGAUAGCUCCAGCCCGGCAGGAGGCGGCGGCAAUAAUAAUCCAGAUACUUUUUUCUUUCGGCAACUGUUUGUUGCACGCCAUCAACGUUUGUGUGUGUCUAUCGUGUGUGUGUUGCGGUUUUCGGACGCUUUUGGUUACUCGUUUGCAUUCGUCCGUGUCCCAUUGUGGCUCAUUUCCUGCACCCAAUCGACUUUCUACCACUUUUUGUUUAGCGGUUAUUAAGGUGAAAAUGCGUCACUUUUACAAGCACGUCUUAUCAGGAAUCGUUUUCUGGUUGCUCCUCUCACAGAGUUUGAGUCUGUUCAACAGUUCCAGUGCAGCAUCGACGUCCAGAACUUCUUCUUAUACUUCGGAGGUUGCCGAAACGGAAGAUGAAGCUGAACUGAGCAAAGAAAUGGCAGUGACUCCCAAAGAGGUGGAAGAAGCAGAUGAUAAGGAAGAUGAAGGAUCGGAAGGCAGGGAUUUCAGUGAACUGUUGAAGAUUGUCAAACGGGAAAUUAGUGACGGUGAAACCGGCCGUUCUUCGUCGGGCAUCUUCAACACGACACUCGCCUUUACCAUUCCGCUUUUCUCUUUCUCGCUGCCAGACAGAGCCACGGCCGGAAAGGACUACACCAAACAGGCCGCUUUGUCGCUCUUCGGUCUGGCCAUUGUCGGUGGUAUAGCCAUCAUGCCUUACGUCUGGGCCGCCCGCUCUCCUUUAGGGAAGAAGACUGUCGUCGAAUCCAGCAGAGCAAAAAAAGAUGAAAUCUCUUCAUCCAUUCUGCCCAUGAUAGCCAAUGUAGCCUCGUUGGCCGGGCUGGACGCCAAAACGUGCGUGCAGCGUUCAGUCUGCGAAACUUACCGAAAUCCGGAACGCUACGGCUACCUGGUGUUCCCCGUCCGCUACUUUAUGCUAUCCCCUCAAUCCCGGGAAGACGAUAAACCAUCCGAGUAUCAACGAGCAGCCGAGUUUGGGCGACAAGAAAAGGAAGAAUGUGAGCGGCGCUACCGGUGCGCUUUCAGUCUUAUCGGAGCGGCCAAUUUCCUCUUCAGCUACUUCUUACCACCCUCAACGGCCUGAAGAAACAACCGAGAUUGCGACUGAACUUUGCCCUGCACGAGCCCAGUCGCCACUGCAGCGGCAUCCUGUGAAUUGACUAUUUAAUAUUUAUUCAACUAUUAGACAUUGUUAUUUAUAUGCAAAAGUGCCGUGAAUUGCCCCUGUUUUGAAAUGACAAAGAUUUGCCAAAACUCUUUUCUUUAACCCAAUCCCAUACUUUGCACACCAUCUUUAAUUUAUGCUUAACCGCGACCGAUUAAUUAUUUUUUCCCUCUCCCCCCAAAAAUUGUGUAAUAAUUGGCGGAACGAACUAAGGACGUCCCGCAUAGGAUUGAUGCCGUGAGUGAUAAACCACUUGUGUACUGAG